CAGCCAAGCAUAAGCUUUAACAGUUAAGCCACGCGAAUACUGUAGAAAAUUGCGUUUGCAACGGAAUAACAUAAUGGUUACUUUAUAAAAGUGUAUCGAAAUUCGAUUCGGUGAUUGCGAUGCGUCGUGUCAAAAUGGUGUGUUUAUAAGGGCGCCGAAAGUUUCGUCUCAAGCUACGUGGAUCGCUAAAUCGAAAUGUAAUCUAAGAUGUUCUUGUCCGUAUUGUGGCCCGAUAAAUGUUAGUGGCUCAUCGUUAUUAUUCAGUCCCGAGAUUGGACGAUAGUACCGCUUCGUGACAUCGCCAACAGGCGCGAGGCAGAAUGCGGCAGUAGGGGCGGCCCAUGGCGGCGAGCGGCGCCCCGGUGCGCCAGCCGCGCCGCGGUCCAGCGCCCAUCGCCUCCUUCGACCACGACGUCUCUGACGAGGUGAGACCGCCAUCAAGUCCAGAAACAAAGCAAUCAUUUCGCCUGCCCGAGAUCAGAGAGGACCCCGCAGGCUCCCCACGAGUCACUGGUGGCGAAUCUCUCGCACCUCCAGAACAGCGUGCCCGUUCGCAUUCCACGCCAGCAGCAGGGGGGCUGAUUACGCCGGCCACACCGCGUAUCGAUAUAUCUCGUGCUUCUAGCUCGAGCCACCACGAUUCGCGAGAUAGUUCACCUGAAUUAGCUUUGUUCGCGGGAAACGGCGGGAGUGAAGACGGAAGAGCCAAACUUGAAUUAGGUUUUCGCGAAGACGGCGCUCUAGAUCUUCGGUCUUCAACUGAGGAGCUUGCUUUUCUAGAGGGUGCUCCUGGAGAGCCCCGUGCACCACCUCCUGCCGUUGAGCGCCGACAUUCCCGCAAAGACAGCCAGAGCUCGGAAGCUGCGCUCUUGGCCGUUUCUGGACGCACCAGUCGAUUAUCUAGCAUCGGCUCUCAAUGCUCAGCACACUCAGCCCUAUCCGGCUUGAGUCGCACGUCGCGCUUAUCGGUAGUGUCUGGAGUUUCACGUUCACCUUCACCUCACAGAAUGUUGUUAGAAACAUCAUUCUGCGGGCCUCGCCCAAUUGAAAACGAUCCAGAAAUUUGUGCAGCUGUAGUCGAAGAGCAUCUCCUUGAAAUCGCCAAAAUGACGGUUCCUCCUCCGACACCAGUAGAUGCCCGAGACCAUAGAGAAAUCCGCACCGAAGCUACAGUGGAAAAGACAGUGAUUCGGUCUUCACCAUCAUCGGCAACAGUUUCAUUAGCUUCCACCCCAGUGGCAAUCACCGUGUCUGUUUCCACAGUCACAGCUACACACACCACGACACCUAAAGUGAUUGUACCCGAAGAAAAGCCACCUAUAGAAUCCACUGAACCUGCUUCAGUUACCUCACCUCUACCGACAGAGGAAGAAAAACGUCGGAAGGAAACGAAUAAUAGAGCUAGAGCUGAAGAGCGGCGCGCUAGACCCAGACUGCGGCGCGAGCCCUCCGAACCCGAGGUUUACAAAAGUAAAAAUAGAUCAAAGAAUAUCAUUAGAAUAAAAUUAAAACCAGACGAUGAAUAUGAAGAAGAACCUGGAACGGAACUGACACUAAGUUACGAACCGGAUAAAUCUUCAGGUGAUUACAAACCGGCGAUUUUAGAAGUCGAUGCUGGUUCUUCACGAGCUAUUCGGCCGACCGAGUUGGUCGGCCGGGCUCCGCCAAGCCCGGCACCCCAUCAGCGUCGUUCACAUCGCGAAAGCCGCACGCCUUCACCAGUGGGACCACCCGUAUCACGGAAAUCAUCUUUUUGUUCACUUUUUAAAUCUCGAGAGACAAUAGCAUCACCUGACUCUCCGUCGGAUGCUUUGAGACGUAAACGAAGCUUAACAGACGGCCGAUCACGCAGUAAAAGUCGCGAUCGUUCAGCAACACCGACCUCUGCGAGCAAGAUUCGUGGAUCAGUGCUCUCCCUAUUUCGGACCCCAAGACGAAGCGCUGCAUCUCCAUCUCCUAGCUCUCGAGAGGGAUCGCCGAUCGUACAUCAACAGCGGCCCCUUGCUACUUCUUUACAAAUGGAGCGCACGCGUCCUGUCGAACGUCUUAAAUAUUACGAAGACACAAGAGACGGAAUUAUUCACAUUCCAUUGCGAACACCGCCGGACGAAAGGCCGAGUUCAAGUGCCGCUCGCUGUAAUUCGGAUGUUGAACCGAAAGCAAUAGAGGCAACGGUACACAGAGAGCCUGUGAGACCUGCUUCAGCACCCGUCGCUCGUACCUUACCAGACUCUGUUCCGGGGCCAGCGCGAACUCCGUCCAAACCAAUUCAUAGACAAGUUCUACCCGACGGAAGUAUCAUAAUACCCCUACAUUCGCCCACCGAGAAAAGUUACGAAAUUGAUUAUUCAACUCCCAUUUCUAUUGAACUUACUCAGGAUGCCGUUGCUCAACACGAUACUCCUGUAUCUACAUCGAACGGAAUAUCAUUCACAGAGGACAGAGACGCAGCCGACAGAUCCGAAGCAAGCUUAACAAAAGAGCAAAGCAUUGAAAAAGUGCAAAUCAGCACACCGGUUGAUCCGAAACACGUGAUAGAUGAGGGCCACCGAAAAAGGAAAGAGCGAAUCGUAUUCACAACUCAUGUCGGUAGCCGAGAACAAGUUUUUAGUACGCAAUUCAGCAUAACAAAGACGCCGAGCGUAACAAGUGAAAUAUCCGGCUCAUUUCCGAGCUUCCACGACGUUGAAGAUACUCGACUGCCGACCGUGAAAGACGUUGCACCUGUGACGGAAAACGGAAAUUGUGACGAGAUACCUAAGCCGAGCGGGUCUAGUGUGACGACCCCACAUGACGCAGUUGACGCACCCCGCGAUUCUUCAGAGUCAGAGCCGAGCUCUGAAACAGCUCCUCCACAAGGCGGUAGUGAGGUGGAGCGGCGCGGACUUGUAGUGCAAGAGUCAUUUGAAGAGGAACUGCCUUACGUACCGACGACGCUACCGAUGGAGCGGCCGGUCGCGUUACCCAUGAUACCGGUGCGGGAACGCGCUGGAGUGCACGUGUCGGCAGUAGAGCGACCGCGGGCGGCGCCCCCACCGACCCCGCGCCCGCGGAUGCCGCCUCCUCCGCCGGUUCCGGCCCGCGACCCACCGCCGGCCGACAAGCUACGAAUUAGACUCCCGCGUCGUUCUAGAACAGUUUCAGCCGCCCCAACCGCGAGAAUUUCACGACCGAGAACUCGUAGUGGAGGAGAUGGAACAGAUUUACGUCCAAAAGAAUGGAUUGACUUCGAGGACGUUCCCGAGCGACGGAAGCAGCCGAAGCGUAUACAGACCCUGCCCGCCGGGGCGGUGGCCACGACGCCUUCGGAGGAGACGCCGGGCUCCACGGGCGGUCUCGUCUUCAGCUACGUGGAGCCCGAGCACUGCCGCUGUGAGUGCCACGGACACGCGCGCGCCGAUGACCAACUACCUUUGUUGCAUGACCAACAGCAGACAACUGAAAUUAGUACCUCCCCGGUAGACCACGAGGCGCAGGUGGGGCUGAGUCUCCAGAUGGCGCCGUUCGACGUUGUUCUCGACUUGCAUCGUGAGCAAAACUUAAAUAGAGAGACUCCAUCGGGAUCUAUACGGCAAUGACGACGCAAACGUGGCGCGCAUUCACACAUGUCGGCCAACAUGCUCGGCCACUGAUCGGAUGUCGAACGCUCAUGAAAACACAGCGCAUUCCUAUGCACCAAAAAGUAUAUUGAAUGUUUUAUAAAUUAUACUCUCUAUUGACUCGUAAGAGAUGUUAUCAUUUUUGAGAUGUAAAUUUACCCGGUUCAUUAGAUAUACCUAUUUAUAGCAUCGUUUAUAACUAACUCUCUCCUAUUAGCCAGCGUUGGAUUUUUGCAUUUUCUAAUGUUUAAUGUAUCCGAGUUAGGUGCGUUUUAUGAAUGAACGUAAUUUUAUUGUAUUCAGUUUUGUAAAGUAAAAAAAAAUGUUAUAGGUAGGUACACAGUCAAAAAACUGCCUUGCAGUGUUCCUUAUCUAUAUUGUGAUAUUUAUUUUUUUAAUAUUUCACCUAAAUAUUGUUUCUUUUUAGUCUCAUGCAAGGAACUAUCGCUCAGACAUUGAUAUUGCCCGGAACAGCUAAACUACUACCUACUUAAAUAGACUCUAUAAAACUUAAAAGUACAUUGGUAUUUUUCAUCUUAAAUCGAUGUUUUUAAUGAACUGAAAAAGAAAAAAAAAGUCAAAAACGAAAUAACAUUUUUUUUCUGCCUAUUUAAAUUGUAUUUAAGUACUUUAUAUUUCUCAGUUUUUUUUUCUUCUAAUGUUUUAGUGUGUCGGAAAUACGUAAUUGUUUAUGUACCAUAAGGCAGGCGUCCAUUGGCCCGCACCGCACUCAACGGAUUUAAUUUUACAAAGUUUUAUUUAAAAACAUUAAUCAUACAAAGCUGAUGAUAUCACACAAUGCUGCGUCCACUAUCCGUGCCGCCCGCACGCAAUGCCGGCAUUUAUGAGCAAAAUAAAUUCUAAAAUCUAAAUCUAAAAAUACAAACCAAAAUAAAAUCUGUUGCGUCACGUGCGCGCGGUGCAUCCAGCGCGGGCCAAUGGACGCGUACCUUUACUUGUACCUAGUUUCAAAUUAGCCAAUAUUUUUGUGAUGUUUAGGUAGUCAGUCACGUUAAAGAAUUGAAAGCGUAUUGAUUAUUGUUAGAAAUGACCACUUCCAUAGACGUUCAUAGUUUCGAUCGUUCAAUACCUGUACAAUAUGUUGAAUACUGCAUCUGACGAUAUUAUAAAAUUUACGCAAAUUUCACAACAAAAAAUCGUAUACGCUAUAUAUAUCACAAAAUCCUUUGACGUGCAUGGUGAAAAGGCCCGCUCCCGGAGCCGUAAUUGAAAACAAUAACUAUUUGCUGAAUCUAAAUUGUUUUUAUUAAAUUCCGAAAUGGCGAACCCGUAAACCACAAAUAAAAACGUAAGUAGCGCUCACUGCGCUUAGUGCGAGUUUUUUAACCUAGCGGCAAACGUAGGCAAACGUUCCAACUCCAUACAAAUUUGAGUUAACUUUUACGUUAUCGAGAAAGUUAAAAACUCGAACUAAGCACACUGGCGCCAUCCGUGUUAAACAAAACUAAACCCUGCACGUCACCAAGAGCCUACACAUACAUUCGGAUAGUGGUAAAACUUUUACAAUGUACACAGCUGUAUUGGAUGACGUAAGGUAUACCAAAUCCGGGGGUGAAAGCGUAUUUGGCUUUAAGCGACAUUUUUGCAACUUUACAGGAAAGCCAUUUGAAGUUUAAAAUUUGGAAAAAUUGCCAUCACAAAAAAACUACUCCAUCUAUUUGAAUGGAGUAAACAUAAUUGAAGUUCGGUUAACACCAGCGAACCGAUGGUAAUACCAAAUAAAACGCACCGUUAAUUACAAAGAUAAAUGUAGCGUAGAGAAAUGUCGCUUGAACCAAAUACUCAUUCAACCCUCGAAGUAAUUUUUCGUUGUCUUAUGGUCAAUCCCACCAAUUUUCUGUACACGCAUUAAAAUUAGUAAAAUGUAGCGUUGUCUAAGUCCCCUGAAGCAUACCAAUAAAUAAUCUAUAUUGAAUGCAAUGAAAAAGAUUCGGUAAAAUACAAUUUUUUAUCAAUGAUUUUUAGUGACAUUAAUAACUGGCAACUUCGGCAACAUGGCGAUUUCGAUAAAAUUUCUGUAUUCAAUAUUAAAUCGGAAUGCUAUUACUCAUUAUUGCGCAGCUUGCCUGAGAAUAUUAAUUCUACUAGUGAUUUUUCUCGGAACUCUAAUUAAAAUCCAAAUGACAACAUCAAAAGUUUUAGCGGGAAAGUGAAUGUUAAAACUACGUGGAAAAUUUUAUAUUUGAAAAAUGUAAAUUGUUGCGUUGGAAAUAGAUCCCAAUUUAAAUGAAUGUUUUAAAUUGUAAUCCUGUAAAUCAAUUAUUUAGGAUAAAGUUGUGAAUCAAGUUCCAAUAGUUUAUAUAUAUCGUCAACGAUAACUAUUGUCUAUAUAAAAGAGUAUUUCCUACAUAGGCUAUUUAAGAUAGAAACCUCGUCCCUUUGCCAAGUGGAGUAAUUUCUAAACUUCUGAAUUUUAUCGAAGACGUUAAAAUGUUCAAAAUACUACAUAUUGUUACAAGCACAUAACAAAUCAAAUAUUUAAAUAGAAUUAGGUUAAAUAAUAAAUUGUGAUGGGGUUUUAUUCUCAAGGCUCAAAAUUUCAAAUGCUGCCAUUUAGCAAAAUUUUAUUAGUAUUUUAUCUAUUUACAUAGAGACAUGGCGUGUAUGAAUGUAAUAAGAACAGCGCAAAGUUAUGCAUUUAUUUAUUCUUAUUCUUGUGUACCUCGAGAUUUUUCUUAUAUUCUGAAGCCAUGGUAAGGUACCAUGAUAACUGAUGUAAAUUGUUCGAAAAUCAUAUCAUAAACGUGAUAUAAAAUCCAUUUUAAAACAUAUUUACUUUUCGGUUCAUAUUAUCCGAGUGAACUUCAUUAAUCUGAUUUAAUUUUCAAAAUAAUGUCUAAGAUUAGCACAUGAGUUACAGGUAUCAUUACAAGUUACAACCCCCAUCUUAAAAUAAGGUGACCUGUGAGUUUUGUUAACUACAAUCGCUAAUAAAUUAAGCCCGCAAAAUUAUAAUUUGCACUGGUGGUAGGACUUCUUGUGAGUCCGCACGCGUAGGUACCACCACCUCGCUUAAUCUGCCGUGAAACAGUAAUGCGCUUCGGUUUGAAGGGUGGGGCAGCCGUUGUAACUAUACUGAGACCUUUGCUUGAAAUGGGUGUGCGCAUUUACGUUGUAGAUUUCUAAGGGCUCCAGUAGCCGGUUAAUACCAGGCGGGCUGUGAGCUCGUCCACCCAUUUAAGCAAUAAAAAAAAAAGAUUCUAAUUUAGAGCAUAUUUUUUCAGUCUUAAGACUUCUCAACGUGGAUACAUGGUACUUCAUAGCUCUUAAUCGUUCGACUUUACCAUGGUUUCAUAUCUAUUUUCCUCAUUUUAAUACUAAACUAAUUAUUACUGCUUUUGCUCUAUACUAUUGUUACUUCGCAUGUUUACUUAGCGAAUAGUUUCAUAGAAAUAAUUUACGUAACGCAAUAAUAUCCUGUAAGAAAAUGUACCUAAACGUUUAAAAAUUCUAUCGAUUUAGACAAAAGUCUGAUAUGUGAGAAAAAAAAUAUGAAUUUUGCUUUCAUAA